AUGGGACAAAGGUGGAUUCAGUCUCACCGCGGGACCUCUGGUAUUCUUCAGACGCUUUUGUCAUUUGGCCUCCCCUGGGCGAGUUUUCCUAAUCAGUCAACCUCAGAGGGAGCAGGCCUCAAGUCAGACGGAAACUCCGUCGAACUACCCGAUAGGUUCAUCAGUGAAGCAUGCAUUGCAUUCUGCAAGUGUGGUAAAAUUGGCCUGAUCUACCCUAUUGCCGAUAUGUCCCUCUUAGAAGAUUCAGUGAAGACCGCAUAUUCUCCUCCAAAUGAGAAAUCUCCCCAGGCUCUCUCCAUUGCUAAAGCUCUUGUGCUUUCCUUCGUUGCCUUUUGCUCUGUCGCAGAUCGCAGGGAACAUAUUUUAUAUCCAGUCAAUGGCGAACGAUGUGCCUUUGAGGCUGAAAGCCUGCUCUCCACAGUCCAUGAUCUAGGACAUAGUAUCGGUAAGCUACAAGCUCUUUUACUACUUGUUCUAUUUCACUUCUCGCACGGAAGAUUAGAGCUCGCAAGAGAGCUAAUGAGCACUGUCGCCCGCUUAGCGAACGAUUUAUCUCCAGUUAUGGGGUUUUCUGAAUCCACUUCGAGUCCAGAAGGAAAGGUGGCACCGGUGUGUACUGGUUAUGAAGAAUCAACUUUUCGAACGCUCUAUUGGAACAGCUUCAUGCUCGAUAAGGAAUUAUCUUUUCGAACGGGUACGCCAGUUCUUAUGCUUGCCGAGUCUCUAAUACCCGCUUCAUUAGACGCGGCGGAAUCUCCGAUUGAGUAUCUUUCAAAGCUAUUCCCUACAAGCGACCCUCAGAAUCAUCGUACAGAGUUUUCUAUGUCCCAUUUAAAGCUAAGCUUAGUCAUGUCAGGGGUAUAUUCAGAGCUCUAUGAACCACAUUCUCUCAAGAAAUCCGACACUGAAAUACUCAGAACUAUUCGCGCUCUCGACGAUGAGCUGGAAAAAUGGCGACUCUCAAUACCUAGGGCCUGCCGACCUACCCUCCACAUUUCCGAUCUUCCCACCCAAUCGACUACAGAUGUCGAACUUCUCUUGAUCAAUCUUAAGUAUCACCACAGCCUAGGAUGCAUUCACCAAGCUGUCAGCCGAUGCCGACCAUGCGGUCCCAUGACCGAGGCUCUUCGGUCAGGCCUCAAUCUAUCAGUUCGAGCGAGUGUUUCGUCUCUGGAAAUCCUGUGUGCCACGCGCUUUAUACUAACUCGAGAGAUUUUCUGGUUCAUCUGUUUCUAUCUGCUUUCGGCGAUCUUGAAUCUGUUAUGCAAGAUCAUCACCGAACCUUUCGAUUUCGAUAAUCCGGAAUGUAUGAGGAUUCUGAAAGAUACCCCCGUGAUCCUCCGAAAAAUGGAUACUCGUCAAUUAACCUCCACCGAGAGACGGCACUUGGACCUCAUGAUUCUUCUUAGUUCAGAGCUUAGCGCUGUGGUAGAGAGAAGCAGCCUUCGAAAUGGUGCAUAG